GUUCAGGAUGAAGAAGAUAUAAUUAAAUUCUGUGAAGAAACUGGGUUACCUGUAGCACUGGAUGAAACCAUUGAAAAUGUCUAAGAAAAUUCUCUUGGAAUGCUGGCAAAGUUUACUCACUCAGGAGUAGUUGUUGUCGUCAUCAAACCAAGUGUUGUUGGGGCUUUUGAAAAUGCAGCAUUGAUUGCAAGCUGGGCUCAGCAGCAGGGGAAGAUGAGUGUUGUUAGUGCUACAGUUGAGAGUAGCCCAGGUUUGUCAGUUUAUGUCCAGUUCUCAUAUUAUCUUGAGCUGCAAAAGGCAGGUAUAUGUAUGGCAAUGAACAAGGAACCUUCCCCUUCUAUAGCACAUGGUCUUGGAAAUUACGGCUGGCUUAAAGAAGAUAUAACUUCUGAACCUCUGAAUAUUUGUCGUAAUCCAUGCAGUGGCUUCAUAGAAGCAUAUGUUGAUGAUGCUGGCCGUCUCUUAGGGAACUUUCAAGUCGACAACAAGAAUAAUGUACUUGUGUUUCUCCAUGGGUUUCUUGGAACUGUUGAAGACUGGAUACCCAUCAUGAAGGCCAUCUCAGGAUCUGCAAGAUGCAUUGCAGUUGACCUAGAGAAAUGA